AUGCCUUUAGCAAAAAGUAUUCUUCAUCCAUCUGCUGUAGAAGACUUACGUAGCCACAAAUUGAAGCGGCUUGUACCUCGUCCAAAUUCAUAUUUUAUGGAUAUCAAGUGUCCAGGUUGCUACAAGAUUAAAACCGUUUUUAGUCAUGUUCAAGAUAGAGUGAGAUGUGACGGUUGUCUAAUAGUACUUUGCAGACCAACUGGAGGCAAAGGAAAAUUGUCCGAUGGAUGUUCAUAUCGAAAAAAACACUAA